CGGCAAACUCUAAUUAUGAGUUGCACCAACCUCGCUUCCCAUUUUGCAUCGAUAUAUUCGGAUCAUAUAUUUCUCAUCUCUUGCUUUUGCAUCGCCUACAUUCCUGUUGAUUCACGAGUUAAGGUGUAGGCGCAUAUGUUCGUUGUUGAUUCUCUUCUGCAUUACUUACGGCUCAUUUGAGGAAGCUUACGAGGUUCAAUAAUUAAUCAUGUGUGACACUAUGUCGAUACCUACUAUAGAUCGACCUGCUAAAGCUGGUCUUGAGAAUAUUGAAUAUUUAGAGGAUGAAAAGAAGACGAAGCUCGGGUCUUUGAAAAAGGUAGCAAUCAAUGCAUCUUCAAAGUUCAAACAUUCCUUGCAUAAGAAGGGGAGGAGGCAUAGCAGGGUUAUGUCUGUUGCUAUUGAGGAUGAUCUUGAUGCAGAAGAGUUGCAAGUAGUUGAUGCUUUUCGUCAAACACUAGUCUUGGAAGAGCUAUUACCCUCAAAACAUGAUGAUCAUCACAUGAUGUUAAGGUUCUUGAGGGCAAGGAAGUAUGACAUUGAUAAAACAAAACAAAUGUGGGCAGAUAUGCUUCAGUGGAGGGCAGAGUUUGGUGCUGACACCAUCAUGGAGGAUUUUGAAUUCAAGGAGAUAGAAGAAGUUCUAAAAUACUACCCACAAGGGCAUCAUGGAGUUGAUAAGGAAGGGAGGCCUGUUUACAUUGAAAGGUUGGGUCAGGUGGACUCUAACAAGCUGAUGCAAGUAACAACUAUGGAUCGCUAUCUUAAGUACCACGUAAGAGAAUUUGAGAGGACAUUCACUGUUAAGUUCCCUGCCUGUUCAAUUGCAGCAAAGAAGCACAUUGACCAAAGCACAACUAUCUUGGAUGUGCAAGGAGUGGGUCUCAAGAGUUUGAACAAAGCUGCAAGGGAUCUCAUCCAGCGUCUUCAGAAGAUUGAUGGUGACAACUAUCCUGAGACCUUGAACCGUAUGUUCAUCAUCAAUGCUGGUUCUGGAUUUAGGCUGUUGUGGAACACUAUUAAGUCGUUCCUUGAUCCUAAGACCACCUCAAAAAUCCACGUACUAGGUAACAAAUACCAGAGCAAGUUGCUUGAAAUCAUUGAUGCCAGUGAACUUCCAGAGUUCUUGGGUGGUACUUGUACUUGUGGAGACAAAGGUGGUUGUUUGCUUUCAGACAAGGGACCAUGGAAUGACCCAGACAUCUUCAAGAUGGUUCAAAAUGGAGAAGGAAAAUGCAUGAGGAAAACCUUGUCCGGGAUUGAAGAGAAAGCAAUGCUUGACGACGAACCAACAUUCCGAAAGGUAUGCGAUGUUUUUCUGCCAAAAGGGGGGCAUGCCGAACUCGUUACUGCUCCAGAUAUCGCAGAACAGUUAACCUUUGUCCCUGUGAUAGACAAGCCGGUCAAUGCAUCUUGGGAAAAAGCCGUACAAAAUGAUCAACUUGCACUUUCUAAAGAUUGUUUACCUAGCAAUGCUUCUAACGGGUUUAGAAAUCCAUUUACUGGCGGAAUCAUGGCCCUUCUUAUGGGAAUUAUAACAAUGAUCCGCAUGACAAAGAGCAUGCCAAAGAAAGUCACUGAAGCUGCCUUUUAUAGUAAUCCAGUAUAUUCUGAAAGCAAUAUGAUGAAAGCACCUGUUAUUUCCGCUGAUGAUCAAAUGGCCCUGAUGAAGCGCAUGGUUGAACUAGAAGAGAAGGUGAAAGUCCUCUCUAUGAAACCUGCCAUACCACCUGAACUGGAAGCAAUGCUGAACAAUGCUCUAAAGAGAGUCAGCACUCUAGAGCAAGAAUUGGAUACUACCAAAAAGGCACUUAAUGAUGCCCUUACUCGACAAGUGGAUCUCCAAGCCCACGUUGCCAAAAAGAAAAAGAAGUUUUUCCGUUGGUAAGAAGAUAGGUACCUAUUGCUGUCUGACCUCAAAUAUGUAACAUUAGAAAGAGUUGUAAUUUGUUGGUGGCGUUUCUUAAUC